AUGAGUCAAAAUCACCAUACCAGAAAGCUUGGGUUUCUUGAGAAGUAUUAUGUCUGUAGAAAUGUCGAAUGGUAUAAAGAAGAUAUUUGUGUUACCGCACAAUAUAAUCAACAUAUUGACGAAGUAUUACUAUCUAAUGCUCUUCGAUCAUUAAUUUUGAAAAAUACUGUGUUUGCUUUGAAUGUUUACCGGGAUGGGGACCCGCAAUACGAUGCAAAAAUGAAUGGAGACAAUUUUACAGUUAGACCGGUGGAGAAAAUUGCAUUCAGUGACGUGGUAAGCUUCAAGGAUAUAGAUGAGCUGUUCGGAGUUGUGGAAUUGAAUGCAUUGUCGGAGGAGGUAAGUCCUGUUAAUGAUACGAGGCCAUUGUGGAGACUAAAGGUUUACAAAUCCUCUUCUAGCAAGAAACAAUACGUUACGUUCCAUUGUGACCAUACGUUUUUCGAUGGCCUAUCUGCAGCUCAAUUCCAUAAAGACUUGAUUGUUGAAUUUGGAAUCUAUUCUGGGGAUGCUGCUUUAAAGUUCCAGGAGACGUUGUUCGAUUACACAGAAGAUAAAAGCAAAUUACCAGAUAUUCUUGACAGUCCGGACAAGAUUGUUGAUCUAUACAAUCCAGGUAUUCUAUUUUCGUUGCUGGCAAUUGUACAGAGCAUGCUUUUGCCAAAAUGGCUAGCCGAUGGCUUCUGGUCGCUCUUUUCAACCAAUGCGGAACAGAAACCGCUUUACACCCACUUGCCGGUUCAAAAGGGAGCCAAAUCGAACCAAAGACAUGUCAAUAUCAAGCCAGACGACGUGAAACGACUCCGUGCGUUUUGUAGGUCGCAGAGUACUACCUUGACCCCAUAUAUUACAGCAAUUGCCAUGUACGCUCUCCAAGAGACCGUUUUCCCCGUCGUGUCGAAUAGCCAGUGUUCGUUCCAAGUGGACAUCCCUAUAGAUGGAAGAAGAUACUUCCCUGACAAGGCAAACGAUACCAAAUAUGGUAUCUAUGUUGGCGCUUUCUCAUGCAAGAUGGGUCCCGUAUCUAAGUCUACAGGCUCUUACGAUGACUUGAAAGUCCCCAUCAACACCCUCACGACACAGUUAUCCUCUAGCAUGGCCGAUAAUUCGCCCUUCAGGUACUUUGGGCUCCUAAAGUACGUCAAUUGCUGGAGCUUUCUAGCCAGUAAGAUUGGCCAAACCGAUUCGCGACUGACUCUCGAGGUGUCGAACCUUGGGCUUCACCUGAUUUCUCAUGACAAUUGGUCCAUCGAGAAUCUUUGGUUUAACCAAACAAACGGUAUCCUCAACCACUUCUGCCUUUCAUUAAUUGCUACUGAGUCAAAUGGCCUCAACUUGCUGACUAGUUAUCUCGCAGAUCUUGACAUGGUCCAAACCUCGCUGCGAAAACUCGUCAUCGACGAAUUCAUGGCUUUGUUUACUACAAAACUCUUGGAACAUAUUUAG